AGAAUCAAAUAAUAUAAUGUUAUUAUUUUAAUAUUCAUAAUAUGCUAGAAUUUACAAUAAACGUUCGGUUUGUUUCCUGUAAAAGAUCAAUUACGGUCAAAUUCAUCAUGGCUUUGGAAAAAGAGCACAUUGUAUUCGUGCUCAUUUUACCCCGUGUUAAAAAAUGAUUUGGUUAUAAUGUGACAUAAUUUUAUUGGAUAAUUUGAAUGCGAAGAGGUAAAACGAGCCAAACUGCAAGGUUUAAGGUGCCUCAUAAACCUGCAAUCUUGCCCGCCUUACAAAAAUUUGUCGCCAACGGAAGCAUAUUGAUCAAUACUUUGUAUAAGAUCACUUCAAAAUUCUGAGUUUUUGAUUUUGUAUGCAGUAAGAGGUAGAAUGUCUGAUCUUGAAGCCCCCUUGCGCCCGAAGAGGAAGAAGGUGUUGGUGGACUACUUUAUUCAGUUCCGAUGGAUUCUCGUUAUAUUUAUAGUCCUGCCAAUUUCCUUUGCAAUUUACUUUCUCAUUUAUCUCGGGGAUGUUAGAUCCUCCAUGAAGUCUUAUAAGCAGCGGCAGAAGGAACAUGACAACAAUGUUAUCAAAGUUGUCAAACGCCUCAAGCAGAGGAACCCGUCGAAAGAUGGUCUUGUAUGCACUGCCCGUAAGCCUUAUAUCGCUGUUGGAAUGCGGAAUGUAGACUAUAAGCGCGCUCGCCACUUUGAAGUCGAUUUAUCGGCCUUUCGUCAUAUUCUCAACAUUGAUAAAGAAAGAAUGAUUGCAAAAGUUGAGCCCCUUGUGAACAUGGGGCAGAUCAGCAGGGCUACUUACCCAUUGAAUCUUUCACUUGCAGUCGUUGCUGAGCUCGAUGAUCUUACUGUCGGUGGCCUCAUCAAUGGGUACGGAAUUGAAGGAAGCUCUCAUAUAUACGGCUUGUUCUCCGACACUGUUGUUGCUUAUGAGAUUGUUAUGGCAGAUGGUAAAGUUGUUAGAGCUACUAAGGAAAAUGAAUAUUCAGAUCUUUUCUAUGCCAUCCCUUGGUCUCAAGGGACACUUGGGCUACUCGUCUCCGCUGAGAUUAAGCUUAUAACCAUUAAAGAGUACAUGAGGCUUACUUACAAACCUGUGGUGGGUAACUUGAAAGAAGUUGCACAGGCUUAUGUAGACUCGUUUACCCCCCGAGACCUUGACCAGGAUAACCCGGAGAAGGUUCCAGAUUUUGUGGAGGGCAUGAUUUAUUCUCCCACUGAAGGUGUGAUGAUGACAGGGAGAUACGCGUCGAAGGAGGAAGCCAAGAAGAAGGGCAACAGAAUUAACAGUGUUGGUUGGUGGUUUAAACCUUGGUUCUACCAGCACGCACAGACUGCGUUGAAGAAAGGAGAGUUUGUGGAGUACAUUCCGAGUAGGGAGUAUUACCAUAGGCACACCAGAUGUUUGUACUGGGAGGGGAAGCUUAUCCUGCCAUUCGGCGAUCAAUGGUGGUUUAGGUUUCUCUUGGGCUGGAUGAUGCCUCCAAAGGUUUCGCUGCUGAAAGCUACCCAAGGGGAGGCAAUCAGAAACUACUACCAUGAUAAUCAUGUCAUUCAAGAUAUGCUUGUUCCUCUUUACAAGGUCGCGGAUGGCCUAGAGUGGGUCCAUAGAGAGAUGGAGGUAUAUCCGAUUUGGCUAUGUCCACACAGAUUGUUCAAACUGCCUGUGAAAACUAUGGUGUAUCCGGAGGCAGGAUUUGAGCAUGAGCAGAGGCAGGGCGACACUCCAUACGCUCAAAUGUACACAGAUAUUGGAGUUUAUUAUGCACCGGGACCUGUGUUGAGAGGCGAGGUGUAUGAUGGUUCUGAGGCAGUGCGUAAAUUGGAGAGCUGGUUGAUCGAUAACCACGGCUUCCAGCCUCAGUAUGCAGUUUCGGAGCUAAAUGAGAAGGAUUUCUGGAGAAUGUUCGACGCUGGACUCUACGAGCAGUGCAGGAAGAAGUAUGGAGCCGUGGGAACGUUCAUGAGCGUAUACUACAAGUCGAAGAAAGGACGGAAGACGGAGAAAGAGGUUCAAGAUGCGGAGCGAGCCCACCUCGAAACUGCUUAUGCAGAAGCAGAUUAACCACUCUACUUAUCCACUCUGUUUUCAGUUUCUUUAUUUCUAUUUUUGUAGUUGCUUCCUACUUUUGUUGUCUUUGGCUAUUCGUGAAUUUAUGUUUUAGACAGUUUCUCUUAAUAAUUUAUCACGCUGCUUUUUAUAUGUA